GCAAUUGAUGGUUUGUUUGAUUCUGGUUGCGGUUUUGGGAGACCAAUUCAUGCAAACUGAAGGUGAUCGUGGGAUCGUCUCCAUAGUAAAGGGAGCAUUAACACUAGCAAACAGGAAAAAUGUAAAAGGCCAGACAGGUCUUCAUAAGGCUGCUGAGUAUGGUAAUUUGGAGAACAUUGUAAAGUUCAUCAAUAAAGGAGCCAAAAUUGAUUCGACAGACAAAGAAAAGCGAAAACCGCUUCAUUUGGCUGCUGCAAAUGGUCACAAGGAUGUCGCUGAAAAGCUUAUCACGAAAGGUGCCAAUGUUGAUUUCGAAGACCGCUUCAAACAAACACCUCUUUAUUAUGCCGCUGAGAAUGGUCACAUGGAAGUCGCUGAAAAGCUCAUCAUGAAAGGAGCUAAGAUUAAUCAUACAGACUCUUUUAGGCGGACACCUCUUCAUUAUGCUGCUGCGAAUGGUCAGGCGGAUGUCGUUGAAAAACUUAUCAUAAAAGGAGCCAAAGUUGAUGCCACAGACGAUCUUAAGCAGACACCUCUCUAUUUAGCAGCUGCAAACGGUAAGGCGGAUGUCGUUGAAAAGCUCAUCGCAAAAGGUGCAGAAGUUGAUGCAACAAAUGAUUUUGGGCGGACACCUCUUCAUUUAGCCGCAAUGAAAGGUCACAAAGAUGUCGUUGAAAAACUGCUCAAGGCAGGAGCCAAUCCCAAUAAUAUAGACAAAUAUGGGAUGACACCCUUUCAAACAGCUUUUAAGAAUAGUCACGUGGAUGUCAUUGAAACGUUCAUCAGUAAUGGAGUUGAUGUUAAUUUUGAAGACCAAAAUAAACAGACACUUCUUCAUUUAGCUGCUGAGCAAGGUAAGAAAGAUAUCGCUGAAAAGCUGAUUAAGUGGGGAGCCAAAAUUGAUGCUACAGACAAAGAAAAGCGGACACCUCUUCAUUUAGCUGCUUUGAAUGGUCAUACGUAUGUCGCUGAAACGCUAAUCAGCAAUGGAGCCGAUGUUAAUUUUGAGGACAACAAUAAACAGACGCCAUUUUAUUUAGCCGCUGAGAAUGGUCGAUUGGAUGUCGUUGAAAAGCUCAUUAGCAGUGGAUCCAAAAUUGAUCAUACAGACAGACUUAAACAGACACCUCUUCAUUAUGCUGCUAAGUAUGGACUCAAAAAAAUCGUUGAAACGCUCAUCACGAAAGGAGCCGAUGUGAAUUUCGGAGACCACAUUCAGAGGACACCUAUUUUUGGUGCUGCUUGGAAUGGUCACAUGGAUAUUGCUGAAAAGCUCAUCAGCAAUGGGGCCAACGCUGAUUCCGCAGACGAUCGUAUGCAGACACCUCUUCAUAUAGCUGCUAUGAGGGGUUGUUUGGGAUUCGUCCGAUUUCUCAUCGACAAAGGAGCCUCUAUCACAUCUCAAGAUAAAUUUGGGAAGACUCCUCUUUAUCUAGCUGCUGAGAACGAUAGGUAUGAUGUUGCUAAAGAGCUCAUCAAGAGAGGUUCCGAUGUAAAUGCAGUAAACAAACAUGAAGAGACACCCCUUCAUGCAGCUGCAUUGAAUGGCAACUUAAGGCUCGUUAAACUUUUUGUCGAUAAUGGAGCCAGUACUACUGCUAGAGAUGACCAAGAGAGAACACCGUAUAGUGUAGCGUGUGAAUAUAAUAAGAAGAAAGUUGCUGACUAUCUUUACUAUUAAAGACGCUGAAUUUGCUGAAUAAUCACAUGGUUUUCUUUGAGUUCCAUUUACGAUUGUCAUGUAGAAUAUUAAUUUCAUUACAUU